UCCCUCUUGCAUCAAUCAUCAUAACUAACAACUUCUCUCCGCUCUUUACAAAGUGGCAGUCACUGUGCAAACCCUACGCUCUCUCUCUCUCUCUCUUUAAAAUCUCUCACCAAACUCUCUCCCUCUCUCUCUCUCUCUCUAAAACUUUCUCUCUCUAGAACAGCAAUGUCGUCCUUCGUCGGCGUCCUCGUCUCCGAUCCCUGGCUCCAGAACCAGUUCACCCAAGUCGAACUCCGCCAGCUCAAAUCUCAGUUCCUCUCCAUUACGAAAGAUUACAAUGCCAAAUCUCCACUCAAGCUCAGAGAUCUCUCCGACCACGUGUCCGCCCUCAAGAUCGCCGACGAGGACAUCACGUCCUUCCCCGAUCUCGUCUAUUUGAAGAUGCAAGGGCGAGUCGGAGGAGGAAAGGGAUCGUCUUCAUCGGAUUUCUUGAAGGCGGCGACCACGAUGCUUCUGCAUACGAUCAGUGAAUCUGAGAAGGCUGCUUACGUGGCACACAUCAAUAGCUAUUUGGGAGGAGAUGGGUUCUUGAAGAAGUACUUGCCCAUUGAUCCGCUUACUGAUGGUCUGUUCGAGAUCGCGAAGGGGGGGGUUCUUUUGUGUAAGCUUAUUAAUGUGGCUGUCCCGGGGACGAUUGAUGAGCGGGCGAUCAAUACAAAGAGAGUGUUGAAUCCUUGGGAGAAGAAUGAGAAUCAUACUUUGUGUUUGAAUUCAGCGAAGGCAAUCGGGUGUACUGUGGUUAAUAUUGGGACACAGGAUCUUGCUGAAGGGAGACCUCAUCUUGUGCUUGGGUUGAUAUCUCAAAUCAUUAAGAUUCAACUUCUGGCAGAUGUUAACCUGAAGAAAACGCCACAACUAGUUGAGUUGGUUGGAGAUGGCAAGGAUGUUGAGGAGCUGCUGAGUCUACCACCUGAAAAGAUUUUACUUCGAUGGAUGAACUUUCAGCUAAAGAAAGGUAGCUUUAAGAGAACUGUGACAAAUUUCUCAUCAGAUGUGAAGGACGCCGAGGCAUACACUUAUCUGCUAAAUGUUCUGGCACCUGAGCAUAGCGACAAGCAAUCUGCAAAAACUGUCACCAAUCCUCUUCAAAGAGCCGGAUUGGUUCUUGAACAUGCAGAUAGAAUGGGCUGCAGAAGAUAUUUGACCCCAAAGGACAUUGUUGAUGGUUCACCAAAUUUAAAUCUUGCUUUUGUUGCACAUAUUUUUCAGAAAAGGUAAAAUAUAGUACCUCAGAC